AUGACCGUAUACCAUUUGUAGGACUUGCGCGCGAUGGAAGGCAACGACUCCUAUGUCAUCCUGGGGACACUGGAAGCUCCCCACAACGUUCGCGUGCUCGCAUUCACCCUGUGCCUGACCGUCUUCGUCGCCUCACUGCUCGCCAACCUCCUGGUGCUGCUUUCGGUGGUCGUGCGCCCACAGCUGCACAAGCCCGUGUACACCUUCAUGUGCAACCUCAUGACGGCCGACAUCAUUGGCUGCACGGUCAGCUUGCCCCAGCAGCUCUACAUCUUUCUGACGGGGGACACGCGCAUCCCGCGCUCCUCUUGCAUCGCGCAGAUGUUUUCCAUAAACCUGUUCAUCGGCAUCGAGUGUUUCGCCCUUGCCUCGAUGUCCGUCGACCGCUACAUCGCCAUCUGCCACCCACUUCGCUACCACGCCAUCGUCACCGGCAAACGGACGCUGAUGGCCAUCGCUGCCAUCUGGGGCUUCGUGGGGGCUGUGCUUGUGCCCCUUACCAUUCUCGUCAACGCGCUAAAGCUGAGAGACGGUGACAGGCAGAUACAGGGCGUGAUAUGCGAUUACAUGGGGUUCGUCCGGCUGUCGCAGGGCGACACGCAGCUCCAGGCGGUCUACAGCACGGCGAUGGUCGUGGUGCUCUUCGUGGUGCCGCUGUUGCUGAUCGCGUACACGUACGCGAGGGUCAUCGUCGAGUGCGCGAGGACGCGGCGGAGCGAUUUCAAGGCGAAAGCGGUGAACACCUUUCUCACGCACUUCUUCAUGCUCGCCGUUUUCUUCGUCGCGAUCUUCCUCUCGAUUCUCGUGUCGCGCGUGGUCAAGGACCUGCAGAGCGCCCAAGCGAGGAACAUGCGCUACGCCGCCGGCUUUACCAUCUUCUUCAUCCCCAUGGCCAACGUCAGCAUCUACGUGUUCAGAACAAAGGAACUGAGGAGGGAGAUGACGCAUUGCCUCCGUGCGAUUAUUCCGAGCGAUUUCUGCGGAGCGAGGGUCCACAAUGUAUCGGCAAUCGUUUAG